AUGCCCGAAGAGUGCAGGCCACCCCGCUCACCGUCCUCUAGGACACCACCGGUCGACCAAAGCAACCACUCAGGCUCUCCCGCGCCGGCGCCGCCUGUCGCUGAGCCCACCCAGGUGCCGGGCUGGCUGCUCACCGACUGGUCCCACACGGCCUUCACCAUCCCUGUUUUUCAUGGCACGUUCAAUCCUGGCUCACAGAUCGAGUGGGCCUGCAAGAACGCCACGGUGGCCAUCCACGACGCGUUUAACGAGGUGUCGUGGGCGCACAUCGGUGACAAGGCUGGAGCAGUCUACCUUGCCGUCUGCGACGUCGUCCUCCAGCGCAAAGAGCACGCCAGCGUCGCAGACAACGGAGAAGGUGAUCUCCCGUACUACCCGCAGUGGAAAGCCGCGCGUGACGCCGACAUUGACGAGGUGUUCGCCUGGGCGUGCCGUGACCUGCAGUGCUACAUCGACACCGAGCUCGAUCGCGCAGCAGCCCGCCGCGUGGCGUGGCGCGCGUUGAACGCAACGUUCUGUGUGUACGAGGACGCUGAGAGCGGUCCACCAGACGACGAGCCCUUGGACGACUAUGCCGACCUCGCGGUCAUGCUGGGCGAGUUUGCGCCUCACCCGAGUUUGCUCGACCGCUACGGCCUGUGGGUGCUGCAGACGACCGUCGGUGAGGAGCCCGACGAGAGCAUCGUCAACCGCGAACUUGCCGCCUGGACGGCGGCCCACGGCCAGAUGGCCAACGCGUUUCCAGACAAGGGCCUGCGAGGUCUGCCCCGCUUCCCGCGCGGAUACGUCGCGCCCCGUCCCGAUGUUACCGUCCUUGCGGGGACGGGGUGGGUGUUUGCGGACCUCUGA